ACCCGCUCGCCCCUCGGCAGCCCAAUCGGGGCGUGUCGCCAGACGGUUUCUGGAAAAAAAUGACGGGGGCAACGUUCUGCAGGGAAUUUAACACGCACAGAUGAGCGAAGGGGACGCAGUGUACAAGGCGCGCUCUGAUUGGGCAGUAUGCCAUGUAUAACCUUUGCCCCCGGUAAAAUCACCAAUCGAAUGUCUCGUUUCAUGUGUUUCUUCCUCGGCGACAAAGCUAGAUUUCGUAUUCGUAACUUCUUGUGCGCAAUGUCCGGGUGGCACUGAUGCGCUGUGGAAAUGGGGGCAGUUAACGUAAUGUGCGUAGUGGUUGUCAGUGCAGUCUCGGGCCCAGGUGAAUGGGAGUAUCGUGGAUUAAUCUGACAGCGGCAGGAGGGAAUGGCGAAAAGAGUAAACACACAACAGACGUUUUUCUGCAAGGCGCUGAACUAAGGGCGUUUCAUUAGUGCAAGAAAAGUGUACCAACUUCUCAGGCUGGACCAGUGUGGAACAAGAGAUUAAAAGGAGGCUAAUAUAAUAUUGAAGAUUAAUAUGAGCUGACUUGAAGCAGCUGAACAUGAAGCCAAAAAUUCUCACUAACUGGUCGCAUAUUGAAGUCUCUAAAACAGAAACUUAAGCUUCAUGAGGACAGAACGGAAUGAGAUAAACACUGGAGAGUAGAAGCCCUUGCUUUGCAAUUCCUAAGCAUGGCGGGACUACAGCUGGUGACCCCUGCUUCAUCGCCAAUGGGUCCCUUCUUCGGACUCCCAUGGCAACAAGAAGCAAUCCAUGAUAACAUUUAUACACCAAGGAAAUAUCAGGUUGAACUUCUUGAAGCAGCUCUUGAACACAAUACUAUCGUCUGCUUAAAUACUGGCUCAGGGAAGACAUUUAUUGCAGUACUUCUAACAAAGGAACUCUCCCAUCAAAUCCGGGGUGACUUCAGAAAAUGUGGGAAGAGAACAAUUUUCUUAGUUAAUGCAGCCUCAUAUGUGACUCAGCAAGCAGCCACAGUUCGAACACAUUCAGAUCUUCACGUUGGAGAGUACAGCAGUCUCGAAGACACUUUGCCAUGGACAGAAGAGAAGUGGAAUCAAGAAAUGACUGAAAACCAGGUGCUUGUUAUGACUUGCCACGUCUUUCUGCAUGUUUUGAGAAAUGGAUUCUUGCCACUAUCUAAAAUCAACCUGCUGGUGUUUGAUGAGUGUCAUCUUGCAAUUAUGGACCAUCCCUAUCGGGAGAUCAUGAGGAUGUGUGAGAACUGCCCAUCAUGUCCUCGAAUCCUGGGUCUCACUGCCUCCAUCUUAAAUGGCAAGUGUGAUCCAUCUGAACUGGAGGAGAAGAUUCAGAAUCUGGAAAGGAUCUUGAAAAGCAGUGCAGAAACUGCUACGGACCUGGUUGUCUUAGACAGAUACUCGUCUCAACCUCGUGAAGUUGUAUUGGAUUGUGGACCAUAUGUGGACAAAAGUGGGCUGUGUGAGAAACUCUUGAAUGAAUUGGAUGAAGCACUUAAUUUUCUUAAUGACUGCAACAUAUCUGUGCAUCGUGAAGACAGAGAUCCAACCUUCAUUUCAAAACAGGUGUUGAGUGACUGUCGAGCAGUGCUGACGGUUUUGGGGCCGUGGUGUGCAGAUAAAGCAGCUGGGAUCAUGGUGCGGGAGCUCCAGAAAUACAUUAAGCACGAGCAAGAGGACUUGAACCGGAAAUUCUUAUUGUUUACAGACACUAUUUUGCGGAAAAUCCAUGCACUCUGCGAAGAGCAUUUCUCACCUGCCUCACUUGACCUGAAGUUUGUGACCCCAAAAGUAAUUAAGCUGCUUGAAAUCUUGCAUGAGUACAAGCCCUUCGAGCGGCAGCAGUUUGAGAGCGUCGAGUGGUACAACAACAGGAACCAGGAUAACUAUGUUUCCUGGAGCGAUUCUGAAGAUGAGGAUGAGGAUGAUGAGAUUGAAGAUAAAGAGAAACCUGAGGCCAAUUUUCCUUCCCCUUUCACCAACAUUCUCUGUGGGAUCAUUUUUGUAGAAAGGCGCUACACUGCGGUUGUCUUAAACAGGCUCAUAAAGGAAGCUGGCAAGCAGGAUCCAGAGCUUGCCUACAUCAGCAGCAAUUUCAUAACUGGGCACAGCAUUGGCAAGAACCAACCUCGAAAUAAACAGAUGGAGGUGGAGUUCAGAAAGCAAGAAGAGGUUCUUCGGAAAUUUCGCGCUCAUGAGACCAACUUGCUUAUUGCAACCAGUAUUGUGGAGGAGGGUGUUGAUAUUCCGAAGUGCAAUUUGGUGGUUCGCUUUGACUUACCAACAGAGUACCGCUCCUAUGUGCAGUCUAAAGGCAGAGCGAGGGCUCCUGUCUCCAACUACAUAAUGUUGGCAGACACCGAGAAAACAGAAACAUUUGAAGAGGAUCUCAAAACCUACAAAGCUAUAGAAAAGAUUCUGAGGAAUAAGUGCUCAAAGUCAGCAGAUUGCAGUGAGUUUGAAAUGGAACCUGUCCUGGAUGAUGAUAACAUUUUACCCCCUUAUGUGCUGAGAUCUGAAGAUGGAGGCCCAAGAGUUACUAUUAACACAGCCAUUGGUCACAUCAACAGGUACUGUGCCAGGUUACCUAGUGAUCCAUUCACUCACCUGGCACCAAAGUGUAAAACAGUGGAGCUACAGGAUGGGAUUUAUCAGUCUACUCUUUACCUUCCCAUCAACUCUCCUCUCAGAGUUCCAGUUGCUGGGCCCAAAAUGAAUUGUGCAAGACUAGCUGAGAAAGCAGUUGCCCUUGUCUGCUGUGAAAAAUUACACAAAAUAGGUGAGCUGGAUGACCAUCUGAUGCCGGUGGGGAAGGAGACUGUGAAGUACGAGGAAGAGCUGGAUUUACACGAUGAGGAGGAGACAAGUGUUCCAGGGAGGCCAGGAUCCACCAAGAGGAGGCAGUGUUAUCCGAAAGCUAUUCCAGAGUGUCUGAGAGCCAGUUACCCAGUUCCUGAGCAGCCCUGCUACCUGUAUGUGAUAGGGAUGGUUCUCACCACUCCUCUUCCUGAUGAGCUCAACUUCCGUAGGAGGAAGCUCUAUCCUCCAGAAGACACCACCAGGUGUUUCGGAAUAUUAACAGCCAAACCAAUACCUCGGAUCCCUCACUUCCCAGUCUACACUCGUUCAGGAGAAGUCACCAUAUCCAUUGAGCUGCAGAAGUCUGGCUUCACCCUCAGUGCCCAGCAGCUGCAGCUCAUUACCAGGCUCCACCAGUACAUUUUCUCCCACAUUCUUCGUCUUGAGAAACCUGCACUAGAGUUUAAACCUACAGAAGCUGAUUCAGCCUAUUGUGUUCUACCUCUUAAUGUUGUUGAUGACUCUAACACUUUGGACUUGGACUUCAAGUUCAUGGAAGAUAUUGAGAACUCUGAAGCACGUAUUGGCAUUCCUAGCACACAGUACACAAAGCAGAACCCUUUCACUUUCAGACUGGAGGACUACCAAGACGCAGUUAUCAUUCCAAGGUAUCGCAAUUUUGACCAGCCUCAUCGUUUCUAUGUAGCAGAUGUCUACACUGAUCUUACACCCUUGAGUAAAUUUCCAUCUCCGGAGUAUGAAACUUUUGCCGAGUACUACAAAACCAAGUACAACCUUGAUCUGUCCAACUUAAACCAGCCUCUUCUGGAUGUAGAUCAUACAUCCUCAAGAUUGAACCUUUUAACCCCACGACACCUUAAUCAAAAAGGUAAAGCCCUUCCUUUGAGCAGUGCUGAGAAGAGAAAAGCAAAAUGGGAAAGCCUGCAAAAUAAACAGAUUUUAGUUCCUGAGCUUUGCGCCAUUCACCCCAUUCCAGCUUCCUUGUGGAGAAAAGCAGUCUGUCUGCCCAGCAUCCUCUAUCGUCUACACUGCCUUCUAACUGCAGAGGAGCUCCGAGCCCAGACAGCCAGUGAUGCAGGUGUUGGGGUCAAAGCUCUGCCUCCAGAGUUUAGGUACCCUAACUUGGAUUUUGGAUGGAAGAAAUCUAUAGACAGCAAGGCUUUCAUCUCAAGUCCCAGCUCUUGCAUAGAAGAAAGUGAAAAUUACUGUAAGCACAGCAGAACUGUAGCCCCUGAAAAUGCUGCACAUCAAGGUGCUAAACUAGAAGACUCCUCACCACCGAGGGGGACUCAGCCAUCUGUGAACUGCACCACACCUGUUGAGAAGUCACCUGAUAAGCUACAUGCACCCAACCCCUCACAAAGGAGCAGAGCUAGCAGGAACUGUCUUUGUGCUGAGAACCUCAUGAAUGGCACUGCUAAUGACCUUAGUGGAGGCAGCAAUUGCCAAUGUCAUCCACUGAACUCCUGCAAGAGUGACAUACCUUUGCAAUCAACUACCUCAGUUCCCAUGCCGAACUCACAGAGCAUUGAGAACCAGCCCAUGCCCAGCGUUGAAUGUACUCCAGGGAGUAAUAAAUUUGAUGGACAUGCUAUAAAAUCUACCUCAGACGGUUGCCUGGCAGUGGCAGUGACUGCAACAGCCAGUUCCUCAGCAGCACCUUUAUCAGAUGCUUCACACGUUUCAAAACUUGCUACCAGCCCUGUCUGCAGCGACUCCCCCAAAACCCUUGGCCCAAACCCUGGUCUCAUUUUACAGGCCUUGACCCUUUCGAACGCCAGCGAUGGGUUCAAUCUGGAGCGGCUGGAGAUGCUAGGAGACUCCUUCCUUAAGCAUGCAAUUACCACCUACUUGUUUUGUACCUAUCCUGACGCUCAUGAAGGCCGUCUUUCCUACAUGAGAAGCAAAAAGGUUAGUAAUUGCAAUCUGUACCGCCUUGGGAAGAAGAAGGGCCUCCCUAGUCGAAUGGUGGUUUCAAUUUUUGAUCCACCUGUGAACUGGCUUCCUCCUGGAUAUGUGGUGAAUCAAGACAAAAGCAGUACAGACAAGUGGGAUUCAGAAGAGAACAAAGAGAAUCCAUUAGCCAAUGGAAGAUCUGAGGAAGACUAUGAUGAUGAUGAGGAGGGUGUUGACGAUGUUGAUGAAGAUGAUGAUGACCUGAUGUGGAAGGAGCCAAAAGAUGAGGUCAAUGUUGAGGAUGAUCUGGAAUAUUACCAGGAGCACAUAAAAUUCAUUGAUAACAUGCUGAUUGGUUCCGGAGCCUUUGGAAAGAAGAUAUCUCUUGCAUCUUUUCCACCUGCAGAGCCCAACUAUGAAUGGAAAGCACCCAAAAAGACUUCUCUGGCAAACGUGCAGUUCUCUUCCGAUAUAGAUGAGUUUGAUUACAGCUCAUGGGAUGCCAUGUGCUACCUCGACCCCAGCAAGGCCGGAGAUGAGGAUGACUUUGUGGUGGGAUUUUGGAAUCCAUCUGAAGAGAACUGUGGGGUGGACACCGGCAAGCAAUCCAUCUCCUACGACCUGCACACUGAGCAGUGCAUCGCGGACAAGAGCAUCGCUGACUGUGUGGAGGCCCUGCUGGGCUGCUAUCUCACCAGCUGUGGUGAGAGAGCUGCCCAGCUGUUCCUGUGCUCCCUAGGUUUAAAAGUACUGCCUGUGGAGAAGAAGGCUUGCAGAGACAUCAGCAACACCAGCCUUCAGGCUGAGCUUGGCAAGGAUCACACUAAAGACGUGGAGUAUGGUUGGCUGAAAAUCCCACCCAGAUGCAUGUUUGACCAUCCAGAUGCUGAACGAACCCUCAACCACCUGAUUUCAGGUUUUGAAAACUUUGAAGAGAAGAUCAACUACACCUUUCACAACAAGGCCUACCUUCUACAAGCCUUCACUCAUGCUUCUUACCACUACAACACCAUCACAGAUUGUUACCAGCGGCUGGAGUUCCUUGGGGAUGCAAUUUUGGACUACCUCAUUACAAAGCACCUUUAUGAAGAUCCGCGGCAGCACUCUCCUGGAGUGCUGACUGACCUGCGAUCCGCCCUUGUCAACAACACCAUCUUCGCUUCCCUGGCGGUCAAGUACGACUACCAUAAGUACUUCAAAGCCGUCUCACCAGAGCUGUUCCACGUGAUUGAUGACUUUGUGCAGUUUCAACUUGAAAAAAAUGAAAUGCAAGGGAUGGAUUCUGAGCUCAGACGAUCUGAAGAAGAUGAGGAAAAAGAAGAGGACAUUGAAGUUCCAAAAGCAAUGGGUGAUAUCUUUGAGUCACUUGCUGGUGCCAUUUACAUGGAUAGUGGGAUGUCUUUGGAGACAGUUUGGCAAGUGUACUAUCCAAUGAUGAGGCCCCUGAUAGAAAAAUUCUCAGCAAAUGUUCCUCGUUCUCCUGUGCGUGAGUUGUUAGAAAUGGAGCCGGAGACUGCCAAAUUCAGCCCUGCUGAGAGGACAUAUGAUGGGAAAGUCCGGGUCACUGUGGAAGUGGUUGGAAAGGGAAAAUUUAAAGGAGUUGGCCGAAGCUACAGGAUCGCCAAAUCAGCAGCUGCCAGGAGAGCCCUGCGGAGUCUCAAGGCAAAUCAACCUCAGGUUCAGACCAGCUGAGCAGGAACGUUCCCCACUUCCUGAAACAACAAAAUAGAAGCGAGCAAAAGGCGAUGGGUUUUAUUGAGAGGUAGAAAUAUAACUUAGUCGAGUAAGUAAAAAAAAAAAAAGCUGUAAGCAUUUGUAAAGAAAAAAAGGAACUAUUAUGGUUUUUUUGCGCAAACACAAUCUUUUCUUUUUUUCUGCUAUGUUUAAUCACAAGAGUGCUUUAUAAUGUUAGCAAGUGUUAAGAAAAAGAAAAAAGGUCAGGUCUGUCUUGUUCUGUUUUACUUUCUUUUAAAAAAAAGCUCUGCUUCGUGUAAGUGGGUUAGGAAGCUUGUGCUUAACAUUUAAUUAUUAGUCUGUAUAUAGUUUAAAACAAUAUACAAGAAAGGAAAGAAACUCUGAAUUCCUCAGUCUGUGCACUAGUGCCAGUUCUAAAGCGGUUAAAGUUAUAGUGGUGGACAAGCUGGUGGGGAGAAGCUUGAGCGGGUGCCAGUAUAGUCCUUCAUUCCCUGUUAUCUCAGUCUUGAGAUGGCUUUCUUAAUCAAGAUUGCACUUACUGCUAGAGUCCACUUCAUUGAGGUUCAGCUGGACAAUUGAAGUGCAUAUGGAGUAGACACACACCCAAGCCUGAUUGGAACCUUUUUGUCUUCUCCAGCCUGAAAAUGAUUCACCUUUGUGUGUUUCUCUGCUAUAAAAAAAAUAGGAUUUUUACAUUCCCGUUCACAGAAAUAUAAAUUGUUUUUAUCACACUCCAGAAUGCCUGUUUUUGUAGCCAUUUAUUAUAAGACUACCUGCAGGAUUCUAUUUGCAUAUACAGCUACCAGUAUAUACAUAGAAAAAAUAUAUCAACGUGAUGAAUUAAAUGUAUGCUUAGGUUUCAUUUAAUGUUUUUUAUACCAAGAACAAUAACAUUCUAAAUGAAUGGUCCUGAAAGAGAGCAUCAGAUGUCUCCAUUGACUGAUGUUUAGUUUUGAUAAAUUUAACAAUAAUAGAAAAGACAUAUCACCUGGGAAAUAUGCUGCAGAUUUUAUAAGAAAUUGGUCACUUCUGUAAGAAAUGGAGCACCUUUACAUUCUUUGCAUACACAAGAUUCUUACUGUAGUUCUCCUAGAUUGCAUUUGUACUUCACUUACCAAAGUUACCACUGUCACAAUGCCACAGAAUUGCAUUUGUGAGGUAUACUUUCAUAACUCUGUGAUCAAGGGGAUGAAAACCAGUCUUUGCUUAGUUUAAGCUCAUUUGUGAUUAUGAUUCUUGGCUUACAGCCCAAAUGUUUGUUUUAGUUAUCUAGCAUUAGGCACUCUUCACUUGAAUACCUCAGUUAUUUGCAUGCAUUGUUUUCUGUUUUUUUUUUGGUGCUAUGUUUUAUGUAUUAAGCUUGAAUUAUUUUCUUUUUUUUUGCACUGUAACUAUAAUACCUCUUUAAUUGACCUUUAAAUCUGUUGGAUUGGUUAUCCUUACUGCCAGCAGUAAAUCAGUAGAGGUUAGCUGCAUUUUGUUUAAUAUUUCCCUUUUGAUUUAUGCUUGAAGUUUUGAGGGGAGGCUGAGAGAGAGUAUAUUCUCUGCACAUAAACCUGAGGUAGAUGCUCGUUUGUAUUGCUUUGUUUUCUCUUGCGAUAAAAUUUGAAAAUGAUCUUUGUAACUAAUUUAAAAGGGUCACUUAAUGUUUUGUCAAAGUAAACAGAUUGCAUUCCGUAUCUGCAAUAUUGCUUUUUGAAUUUUAUGUUAAGCAAAUUUAAAUUUCAAUAUGAGAACUGUUUUUUUUGGUUUUCAGCAUUAUUUCAGCUUGUUUGCUUCCAGAAAACUGGCCACGUAGUAUUUUGCAAGUGUGAAGUCAUUGUGAUUUUCACUUUUCUUUUUUUCCUUCUUAGAGGAUGUUAAUAUGGGGGUUAAUCUCAGCUGUGUUUUAAGAAUGUCUUCAUGUUUUUUUCAUUCAGAGCUAGAUAAUUAAAUUUGCAUGUGAGUAAUAUUGCAAUGAACAAGAAGGGUAAGAUCAAAACUUAACAAGGAAUAUUUUUGUACUUGUCAGUAUAUCAUCUUAAAUAUCUGCUAUGUAAAAACUGAGCUACCAGUACAUUCUUUGCAGAUACAUCAGUAGUUCAAGUUAGCGUGCUGCUACCUCAAAAGCGUCUUUGCGCUGUUUUUUUCAAUGACAGUAACUGUCUUAUUCAAAUAUAUCUUUUAAAAUGUGCAUACUUAAUUCCUCAGUAAGACUUUAACCUGAAAAAUAUUAAUGGUUAUAAUGCAAUACAGUGUUUACUGUGAUAAUCUGCAACUUGUCAUAUUUAUACUUUGCACUAGAUGAACAUUCCCAUGAACUGCACCAAUUUGAUAUAUUUUUAAACUAGAAGAUAUGAAAACAGUGCCUUUUUUGUCUUACGUAUAAAGCUCCCGGUUACACAUCUUGCAAUUCUAAUUUCCUAAUGUGUUGCAAGAGCUUGAUAGAUCUUAAAUAAAAAAAGUUGCAAUAUCCAUGUGCCAUGUGGGUUUAUAGUUUUUAUUGGGUUAACUGGCUUAACAAAAAUUACUACACAAUACUGUAAGUUCGCAAUCUUGUAUUGUCGUUUGGAAAUCCAGCUGUGUGCACAUGUGAAAGAUCUUACACUUUUUCUCCUUCCAUUCCCUGAUGUACUGGUGAGAGUAUAGUCUGUUUCUUCAUACAAACCUUAGUAAACUGUGCUAUUAACCUCAGGUUGUCAAAUCGUAAGGCCAAUGAUACCAAAACAUUGGUUUUAUUAUUUCUUUUAGCCAUUAUCAAUGUUUAAUUUUGUUUUUAUCCUGUAUGUGGUGCAAUCUGGUUAUUUUAUGCAGAUGAAUUAAGUGACCCUAUACAUUGUUACAUGAAACCUGGUGUAUUUAAAAUGAGUAUCUGUUAUUGUGUACGUUUAAUUUCACUAUCGCCGCUUGUAACGGCUGUGUAAUGUUCUCUAACGUGACCUCAUUGCAGUGUGCAUCACAACACCAAGGGUUCAUUAAGAUCCUAGACUUCACACUGUAUGCAUUUUUUCACUUUAACCCUUCCCCCCCCAAACUUAGAAAGCUGGGCAUAAACAUUAAUUUAAAAAUAUUUUGGAGGAUUACUUUGAAGAAUGUGAAAUCACUUUUUGGUGCCACACUUAGUGAAUUCUUUUCAUUGAAUAAAAGGACUGUAUUUAAGUGAAUUAACACGAUUAACCAGGCUGAAGUUUGUUGGCAUGAACCUCUUACGCUUUUAAAAAAGUCUAUUUACCUUUUUAAAUGUUUGAUGUAAGGUAGUCCUCCUUUAUAUGCUGCAGACUUCUUUUGAAAUCUUUUUCUUACAGGCAGAUAAUUGUUUUGUUUUUGUACAUGUAGCACAAAUAAGCAUUGCACUUGGGCACCACGCUUUACCUCAUUUCAAGAAAAAGAAAAAUCUGCCGAUAUAUUUAGAGGACGAACAUGUGGUUUUGGCCUUGCUGCUGUUUAAAUUGCUGAUUUUAUUUUGUUUUUUUUUAAGGGUAAUCUUUAAGACAUAAUGUGCCUGCAGGAUAGUAUCUGUUAAAUACACUGUAGAACAGACCUAGGGGAUCUGUACAAUCUGGGGUGAAACAUUUGUAUUGUAUAUCAAGUAAUGUCCUGCCUUAAUACAGUAUUUCACUUUUCAAACUGUAACAUUCCCCUACAACUCAAGUUGGCAACAUGCAUGGCUUGAAACCUUUCCUGCACCUUUCUCUUCAAGAAAUUUACAUUUGCAAAUAACCUGCACAUGCAUGUUGAUGGUGCAGGACUUUUUUGCCCAGUAGUGUUCAGUUAUAUUGUUUUGAUGGUCAGACUAUUACUGGUGUAACUUACAUCAUGCUUCGUAAGGCAGUUUCUUUCCAGAUCGCCCACUAAAUUAAAAACAAUCCAGUUUAACUUCUUCCACUUAAAUAAAAAAGAUGCACAGAAGUGAUUCAUGAGCUACCAGAAGUUUCAGUUAUGUAACAGAAAUCCUGUUGGUUUUUUAAAAAAACAAACCCUCACAAAUUUAAGAGAUCAAACCCAUAUAUCAGAUGUUACCUGAAAACAAAUGCACUCAUAUCAGCAGCAAGCUGUUUUGUCACAAACUAAAUAGUAAUAUGAGAUUUACACAUGUGAGUCUGUGAGUACUACAGGAGUACUGUACUGUAAAUCAGUUGAUUUCAGAGGCGAGCUGAAGAAUGCAAUGCAUUGUACAGUGAAUUAAAUGGGGAAUAAUGGGCCAUCACAUUCUGCAGCAGUCUGUAAGGGACAUUAAAUAUUUCAUUCAUACUGUAAUCAUGCUGCAGAGGUUUGCGGUCUGCACCUUAUGGAUCACAAAUACUUUUAUUAUUUUUUGUAAUUGUAGCUGAGUAUAUCUACAAUAAAGUAAUGGUCUGGUUGUUCA